AUGGAGUCUUGCAUUCCCAGCACUCCUUCAAGGAAGCAGCGCACGUCCAACUGGUCCGCCACAGAGGUGGACAUCCUGAUAGAAGAGAUAAAAUCCAAUUAUAGCGUUCUCUUUGGACACUUUUCCUCCCAGGUGUCGGCUUCGCAGAAAAAGAAAUUAUGGACGGACAUCGUGACCAAAAUACAUGCCAAUGGGAAAACUGCCAGGGAUGUUCCCCAGGCUAAAAAGAAAUGGGCUGACCUGAAGAGUAUCACCGGGAAGAAGGCAGCCCAACAGAAAAAGGAGCAGAGUAAGAUAGGGGGUGGUCUGCCUGAUGCUUUCAUUGAUCUCACUGAGUUCGAAAAUAAGAUCAUCUCCAUCAUUCCUGCAUGUCAGGUCCAGGUUAUAGGAGGGCUGGAAAGUGAAGCCUGUGAAUUUGAAAUCAUCAUGCCGUCUGAGCAGAAAAGAGUCAAGUAUAGCACAAAUACAAGGUCAAGUGAGAACCUGUCACUGAGCAUUCUGGAGGUGGAGAGGGAGAAGCUCAGUGUACAGAGGGAUCUCAUGGCCACGGAAAAGGACCAGCUGGCUGUGGAGAAGGAGCGCCUGGCUGUGGAGAGGGAGAUUCUCCAUUGCCUGAAGCAGCAGACUUCAAACGGUUCUGACUUGUUUUUGUCACCCGUCAUAUCUUUUUGA